CCACAGAGCAGGACUGAAACCCAAACAGCGAUCCUGAUAUUUGGCGGAAAUUCCCCACUGUGCUUUACAAAUUACAUGUAGGAGAAAGCUUUCUCUCUCUCCUCCAACCACAAGAAAAAGCCUUUCUUCUGUUAGAGAGAGAGAGAGAUGACGGACGUGACCAUGUGUUCUUCAUCGGCUCCGACGCCGGAGGAAGAGAAACUGAUGAUCAGAGACGUUGCUAUGACUGCCGAAGCUCAAACUAAGGAAGGCGACACCUUUUAUUUAAUCACUCAAAGGUGGUGGCAAAAUUGGCUUGAGUACGUGAACCAGAACCAUACAAACAGUACAAAUGACGGAUCCUCUUCCGAGCCUCAUGAUUCAGUUGGUUCGUGUGCUUUGAAAAGGCCCUCUAGUAUUGACAAUUCUGAUUUAAUAUAUGAAACAUCAUCAGAGGAUUCUACUAUGGGUGUUGAGCUCCAUGACACCUUAGUAGAAGGCACUGAUUAUAUAUUGCUUCCGCAAGAUGUCUGGAAUCAAUUAUACUCCUGGUAUGGAGGAGGUCCUACAUUGGCACGAAAAGUGAUAAAUUCUGGUCUUUCUCAAACAGAAUUGGCCGUAGAAGUGUAUCCCCUGCGCCUUCAGUUACAUCUGAUGCCAAAAGGUGACCACUCAGCUAUAAGAAUAAGCAAAAAGGAAACCAUAGGAGAACUCCACCGAAAAGCUUGUGAAUUUUUUGAUCUUAGUCCAGAACAAGUGUGCAUUUGGGACUACUUUAGCCAUCGAAAGCAUGCUUUGAUGAAUGACAUGGAUAAAACGCUUGAUGAUGCCAACAUACAGAUGGAUCAGGAUAUCCUGGUGGAGGUCGUUGACAAUAUCACUGGUGGUUGCAUGAGUUCAGUUCAGGAGAAUGGAUCUGCAGAAAAUGGAACCUCCGUUCUUGUAGAGCCUUCUAAGUCAAGCUUUUCGAUUGCUGGGGGGUUUUCUGCAAGCAAGGGUUUGUCUAGAAACGGCAACUCAGAAUCGUCGCAAUUUCAGAGCUUAAUUUCUUCAGUUCGAGAACUGGAUAAGCCAUAUGGGAUCAGUGGUGUUAGUACAAGGGGGUCUUCUGGUGGUCUGACUGGGUUGUUGAAUCUUGGAAACACUUGCUUUAUGAAUAGUGCGAUCCAGUGCCUUGUUCAUACGCCUGAGUUUGCUAGAUAUUUUCAAGAAGAUUACCAUCAAGAGAUAAAUUUUCAGAACCCUUUGGGCAUGGUUGGUGAACUAGCUUUGGCAUUUGGCGACUUGCUUCGGAAGUUGUGGGCACCAGGACGAACUCCAGUUGCUCCUCGGCCAUUUAAAACAAAACUUGCUCGCUUUGCUCCACAGUUUAGUGGAUACAAUCAGCAUGAUUCCCAGGAAUUUUUAGCAUUUUUGUUAGAUGGACUUCAUGAAGAUCUGAAUCGUGUUAAACACAGACCUUACAUAAAAUCUAGAGAUGCAGAUGGUCGUCCUGACGAAGAAGUUGCUGAUGAGUAUUGGGCGAGUCAUAUUGCUCGUAAUGAUUCCAUAAUUGUGGAUGUGUGCCAAGGCCAAUACAAGUCAACUCUAGUUUGUCCUGUAUGUAAUAAAAUCUCUGUUACAUUUGAUCCCUUCAUGUAUCUUUCCUUGCCACUUCAAUCUACCACCACUCGUAGUAUGACGGUGACGGUUUUUAGUUGUGAUGGAAGUGCACUGCCAGUUGCUUGCACUGUAACUGUUCCAAAGCAAGGACGUUGCAGGGACUUGAUCCAAGCACUUAACAGUGCCUGUUUUUUAAAGCAAAAUGAGAAACUUUUGCUUGCAGAGAUAAGAAGUCACCUGAUUCAUAGGUUCUUGGAAGAUCCUUUGAUAUCAUUAUCUUCCAUAAAAGAUGAUGACCACCUUGCCGCCUACAAAAUUCCAAAAUUUGUGAAGAAUACAAAAUUUCUUCAGCUGAUACAUCGUCGGGAGGAACGGGAAACUGGUAAUGCCCAGAAGACAACAGGGUGGAAGCCUUACGGAACACCUCUUGUUUCACCAAUCUCAUGUGAUGAUAUAAUUACAAGAGGUGAUAUACAGUCAAUGGUUCACACAUUGCUCUCUCCCAUGUUGAGAACUGAGAAUUUGGGACAUCCUGAUAUUGCUGAUGCUAAUACAUCAUCAGCAGCAUCAGAUCCCCCUCGUGCGAUUAGUUCAACUGAAGCAUGUACAGACUUUGUUGUGGCUGGUUCAGAUCAAAAGGAUGGUGGCAGUACUGCAGUGGUCUCAACCAAACUUCCUCUACAAUUGGUUGAUGAAAAUAAUGCAUGCAUUGACCUAUCAGUAGGAGAAGAGAAAUCUGUCAAAUUGUCCUCGUCAUCAAUCUCAAUACUUUUAUUUAUUGAUUGGUCACAAAAGCUUUUGGAGAAUUAUGACACUCAUUAUCUGGAAAACUUGCCUGAAGUUUUCAAAUAUGUGCCUGCGACCAAAAAAUCUCGUACCGAACCUCUCUCUUUGUAUACUUGCUUGGAAGCUUUUCUACGUGAAGAACCAUUGGUACCUGAAGACAUGUGGUAUUGUCCUCAAUGCAAGGAGCGAAGGCAAGCAAGCAAGAAGUUAGAUCUGUGGAGGCUUCCUGAGGUGCUUGUUAUCCAUCUAAAGAGGUUCUCAUACAGCAGGUCAAUGAAGCAUAAGCUGGAAACCUUCAUCAACUUCCCUAUUCAUGACUUUGACUUGACAAAUUAUGUAGCCAACAAGAACAACUCCCGACGUCAGCUUUAUGAACUCUAUGCCUUAACCAAUCACUAUGGUGGCAUGGGAAGUGGUCACUACACUGCACAUAUCAAGGUGAUGUAAAACUGCUUGUAUCAUACCCUGGUGUAUAUUAGAUUGUUUAUAGUGCUGCAUGCUAUCGUUGCUAGAUAUCCUAGGGAAAUUCAUACAGCAUAAUCUGUGUGUUAAACUGCGGGGAAGAUCUAGGCAUCUGCAGACAGGGAUGUUGGUUUUUUUACUUUCCAAGACCUGUAGUUUUUCUUAUCUUGGAUGCUCCUGCUUUUGAGAACAUUGCCCAAGUCAGUCCAUUCACCUGAGUUUCUUAUGGAGAUUCUUAUUCUAUUGAAGAAGUCAAUGACUUGUAUUAUUUCUUUGAUCUGCAGCUUCUUGAUGAGAAUAGGUGGUACAAUUUCGAUGACAGCCACAUAUCACCCAUUAAUGAAGAAGACGUAAAGUCGGCUGCUGCCUAUGUGCUAUUUUACCGGAGGGUGAAAACUGAUGACGCCUCUGUAAGUAAUGGAGCACAGUCCUCUGCAGGUCACAACAACUUUACCUCUGAAAAGUAGCCUCCCAAGGUGUGUAUACAGUUCACAGUUAAUAGGGUAAUCCUCUUGUAUGUAUUGAUUUUGUAAUCCUCUUCUAAAAUAUUUACCAAUUUACAAGCCUUAUGGUAUUUGGGGAAGAGUCUGCCUGUUUAGGAAAGGCUAGAGAGAACAAACGGUUAAUUCAAUAUAGAUUAUUGUAUUAUGAAUCUGAGAUCUCUUCUUCUUCUUCUUCUUCUUUUUUG